AUUCGUCUAAAUAAGUUUUCAUUGAUAAAUUGUAAAGUCAGAAAUUAAUUUACUUGCUAAAUAAAUUGUUUUUAUAACAUACUUGCGAGUAAUGUUAUUAGUUAUUAACUAUAAAAAAGUUGGAAUUUAAUAUACUUAUGUACUUAUAUACAUUAUGAAAUGUUUGGGAAUUAUAAAAUUAUGUCGGCAAUGAAUUACGAUAAUAACUUACAUAAACAUGAGCUAGCGUGUAUUGCAGUUACGGAAGAAGAGUAUUAUAAAUUAAAAGGGAACAUUGGUCCAAAUAUUUCUACCUAUAAUACUUACUACGAUGAAAAUACCCAUAAAAAAUUAGUUGAAAUGCCCCCUAACGUAAAUAUUACUCGAGAACUCUCUUCUGGUAAAAACAUGUUCAUCGACAGCAAGCAUGUCUCGUUUAUACGAACUAGUGGUAUUACAACUAAUAUUAAUCAGCCUAAAGAAAUAAUAUCUAUCAGCAAUAAACGGAUAUUUCCACCAAUACUUCCUACGCGAAAUAUCAACAAUAAUAUUGAUAAUGUUGCUAUAGGAGCGGUAAAUGACAGAAGUAGUUUUCGAGGCCUUCGCAAGCAGUUUAGUGGGCGAUUCAAACGUUUAGUCUCCAAACAACCGAAAGCAUCGAAUCAAAUCAUUCCCCCCGAACUCAAACCGCAAUUAAAAGCUAUAUAUGUUUAUUGAGAUAACCGAAAGAUGUAAUGAUAUCAAAAUCAAUGUAAAUUUAUUUGUGUUUUAAUUAAGAAAUAAAAAAUCUUUUUAUUCUAAAUUAAGCAGCAGCA